AUGAUGCAAUUUAUGCUGCUGUUUAGCCGGCAGGGAAAACUGCGGCUACAGAAAUGGUUUGUGGCUCACCAAGAGAAAACAAAGAAGAAAAUAACCCGAGACUUAAUCACGCUCGUUUUGUCGCGCAAACCGAAGAUGUGCAGCUUCUUGGAGUAUAAGGAUUACAAGAUUGUCUACAAAAGAUAUGCCAGCUUGUACUUUUGCUGUGCUAUAGAGAAUGAUGACAAUGAACUACUGACCCUUGAACUGAUCCACCGCUAUGUGGAGCUGCUUGACAAGUACUUUGGAAGUGUGUGUGAGCUGGACAUCAUCUUUAACUUUGAGAAAGCCUAUUUCAUGUUGGAUGAGUUUCUCAUGGUUGGGGAAGUUCAGGAGACCAGCAAGAAGAAUGUGCUCAAGGCAAUAGCUGCCCAGGACUUGAUGCAGGAGGAAGAAACUCCACAGGGAUUUUUUGAAGACCAUGGUUUGGGCUAG